UUAGAUUUUCCGUUUUGUUAAAAUAAAAUCCCAAAAAUAAAAAUUAUAGAAUUUAGACAGAGGAGCAGAACUGAGUCCACUAGUCAAAACAGAGAUCCGUUCGUCCUCUUUUGUCUUUCGGAUUCAUUUUUCAAAUCGGUUUCAUCAAAAGAGAGAGGUUAUUGAUUCUUCUUCCUUUCUCUUUCGAAUUGGUUUCUCUUGGUCUUGCUUCUCAAUCUUUUUGUUACAGGAGAUAUCGAAAUCGGUUUUUUUUUUUUUUUUGUGUUGUUGGUCUAAAAGGUUAGACUUUUAAGUCCUGAUCCAAUUGUGCUUUUUGGUUUUUAAAACCCCGUUUGAUUCAGUAGUAGUUAACCUGACUUGAUUUGGAUUGCUAGUAAGGAUCAACCAACUGGGAAUAAGACUCAAAUGUUUUGAGGUAGCAGUUUGAAGUUUGUAGAUUUUAAGGAUGGAGAACAAACCAAGUGUAUUAACUAAAAGAUAUGAAGUUGGGAGGUUAUUGGGUCAAGGUACUUUUGCUAAAGUUUAUUAUGGAAGGAGUAUUCAUACCAACGAGAGUGUAGCUAUCAAGAUGAUUGACAAGGACAAAGUUAUGAGAGUCGGGCUUAGCGAGCAAAUCAAGAGAGAGAUCUCUGUGAUGAGGAUCGCUAAACACCCGAAUGUCGUGGAGUUAUACGAGGUUAUGGCAACAAAGUCGAGGAUUUACUUUGUUAUUGAGUAUUGUAAAGGUGGUGAGCUUUUCAACAAGGUUGCAAAAGGGAAACUUAGAGAGGAUGUUGCUUGGAAGUAUUUUUAUCAGCUUAUUAGCGGGGUUGAUUUUUGUCAUAGUCGCGGAGUGUAUCACCGCGACAUUAAGCCAGAGAAUCUGUUGUUGGAUGACAAUGAUAAUCUUAAGAUAUCUGAUUUUGGUUUAAGCGCGCUUGCUGAUUGCAAGCGUCAAGAUGGUCUUUUACAUACAACUUGUGGUACACCUGCUUAUGUUGCGCCCGAGGUUAUUAACCGAAAAGGAUAUGAUGGUACGAAAGCUGAUAUUUGGUCUUGCGGUGUUGUCUUGUUUGUUCUUUUGGCUGGUUAUCUCCCUUUCCAUGACUCUAAUCUAAUGGAGAUGUAUAGGAAGAUAGGUAAAGCAGAGUUCAAGUGUCCCAGCUGGUUUGCCCCUGAAGUAAAGAGACUAUUGUGUAAGAUGUUUGACCCUAACCAUGAGACUAGAAUCACUAUUGCAAAAAUCAAGGAGAGUUCUUGGUUCAGAAAAGGUUUGCAUUUGAAGCAAAAAAAGAUGGAAAAGAUGGAGAAACAACAAGUCAGAGAGGCUACUAAUCACAUGGAAGCUGGAGGUUCAGGUCUAAAUGAAAACAGAGAAAACCACGAGCCGCCUCGGCUUGCUACCUUGAAUGCUUUCGAUAUUAUCGCAUUGUCUACGGGGUUUGGUUUGGCAGGACUUUUCGGGGACUUAUAUGACAAGCGAGAAUCUAGAUUCGCAUCUCAAAAACCUGCUUCAGAGAUCAUUUCUAAGCUAGAGGAGGUUGCCAAGUACCUGAAGCUGAAGAUAAGAAAGCAAGGCGCAGGCGUGUUCAAACUGGAACGAUUAAAGGAAGGUAAAAAAGGGAUUUUGACGAUGGAUGCAGAGAUAUUCCAAGUGACACCAACGUUUCACCUGGUGGAAGUGAAGAAAUAUAAUGGAGACACAAUGGAGUACCAGAAGUUAAUGGAGGAGGAUCUUAGGCCUGCUCUGGCAGAUAUUGUUUGGGUUUGGCAAGGAGAGAAGGAGAAAGACGAGCAGUUACUGCAGGAUGAACAAGGAGAGCAAGACCAUUGUAGCUAGACUUCAUAGAAAACAGAAGCAAUGACAAGAAUUGUAGCAGGAAACAUGAAGAAGAGAAACACUAUCGCGGCUUCAGAAGCAUCAAGAACCUCUUAACGAACGAUAGCCUGUGACAAACAAAAGCAGAGGAAGGAAAAGAGGAACAAUUGCACAAAUUGAUUGAUUCUUUACAUAGAGUACAAAAAUUGUAGAUAGUUGAUUGUUUGUAACAAUUACGAGCUAUUUUUUUUAACCUUGCAUCUUGUGAAGUUUUGAACUUGUAUUGUUUCAUGAGUACAGUAAUUGAAUUUAUUAAGAGUUUGGUUGAUAAAUA